AUACAUACAGACACUGGUAUCUGGAGAUGCAUUACUUAGAGCAUCUUCAUACAUAUAAAAAAAAUCAAAACUCUGCAUGAUUGACAUGAGGCAGUGUGAUGGCUAAACAUAACAGAAGUGACUGCUACAUAUAGCCAUAAACUCUGGAAAAAAAAAGAGAUUACAGAAUAGGUCAUAUUACUGCAUGAGGAACCUGUGUAGCACAUUUUCCUGAGUACGUCUGCACACUUCGCUCCCCCCUGGCCCAACUGGGGGCACAGCCAAAAACCCAGAGGGUGGUUGUGGUGCGUAGGCAUACCCCAAGAGGAACAGGCAUACAAAAAUCGCCCCUGAAGCAGCCCCCUUUCAAAACCACCGUGUAUUAAGUACACAGAGAGAGCAAACAGCACAUCACACGGGUGUUUUAUGGUGCUCUGAGCAAAAGGCCAGGGCCAAAGUGCAGCGGGCAGAGCUAACGUGGGGUCGGGCCCACAGAGCACACGCCUCCAGAGCGCAGCAAGCCAGGGCGGCCUCAGUGCCGCCAGCACCCUUCAGAGCACCCAAGGGACACCCCUCCACCUUCAGGAUGGGCGAAUCGGCCUCCCGGCUGCCCCUCGAGGGAGAAGCGCUCCCCGGCAGGAGCCAGCGCAUCCCGGUGGCAGAUAAACAUCAUGUCAAUGGAAACAGAAUGGUAGAACCUUUCCCAGAGGGAACACAGAUGGCUAUAUUUGGUAUGGGCUGUUUCUGGGGAGCUGAGAGGAAGUUUUGGAGACAGAAGGGAGUCUACUCCACUCAAGUGGGUUAUGCAGGAGGGUAUACUCCAAAUCCUACCUACAAAGAGGUCUGUUCAGGUAAAACUGGUCACACAGAGGCUGUACGAGUAGUAUAUCAGCCAGAAAACAUCAGCUUUGAGAAACUGCUCAAGGUCUUCUGGGAGAAUCAUGACCCGACACAAGGAAUGCGACAAGGUAAUGACUUUGGCACACAGUAUCGCUCGGCCAUCUACACAUUUUCUCAGGAACAGAUGGAAGCUGCCUUGAAAUCUAAGGAAGAAUAUCAAAAGGUAUUGACAGAGGGCGGUUUUGGGGCCAUCACAACAGAAAUCCGCGAGGCUCCGGAGUUCUAUUACGCUGAAGAUUACCAUCAGCAGUACCUCAGCAAGAACCCUGACGGAUACUGUGGCCUCGGGGGAACGGGGAUUUCCUGCCCGAUUGGGAUCAAGAAAUAGCCUCUGCUCGUGCCACCACCUCCACUUUGUUCUAGAGGGUUGUUUGGAAAAGGUCUGACAGCCCCGAUAGGUCUUUCGGUACGCCCACAGCAUCAGUGCAUAAAGAUUUGGGAACCCUGAUGGGGCGUGGCUUUCUGUAAUCUGAGUAGCUUCCAAUUCACUGGCAUUAAAAACCAAAGCAGAGUCAGAAAUUGCACCUGUUGGCAAACACAGCUCCUUGCUCUGUGCAGUUCCCUGGGUUUCCUUGCAUUCUCAUAAUCUGGAGAGGAAAGAAACUUUUAAAAGUUUGGCUUGAAAUGCUGCUAAAGAGAUGAAUUAGGGGGUGGCUGCACCUGUUAUCCACUUUGCAUAGCAACUGCUUAUAGACAUCCUUAUUUUCUUGCAUUAAUGAAUUUGCUCAUGCUGGAGCUUUGACUUCUGGAGACAUGGUUGGGCUCAUCUUAGCUAUCACAACCCCGUAGCUUGAUGUCUUUGAGAAUGAUAAAUGUAUAAGAUCCAUAAUUCUCUUACAAUUCCACUUUCACAGCAACAUGUAAUAUCACCUAUAGUGCCUAUUUUCAGGAGCAAUUUUAGUACCAAAAAAAAGUAAAAAUUGUAAUGUGAUACUUCUUUUUUUUGCAGUUCCAAAAAUGUAUAAACACAAAAAUAAAUCAAUUUUGUUUCCUGCACUACAAUAAAUUAUAAAGAAAGGAGAG